GUCUGGCUGCAGUUUAGCUAUAAAAGCAUAGCUGGCCAAGUUGUAAGGCAUCAGUCUUCUUGCGUCUUCCAAGCAAUCAAACAAAACAAAACAAAACAACAACCAAUCAACAUGAAAUUCCUGUCGCUCGCUUUUCUGCUCGGUCUCCUGGCGCUGGCUAGUGCUAACCCACUGAGUCCUGGCAAUGUCAUCAUCAAUGGCGACUGCAAAGUGUGCAAUGUGCGCUCCUAGAACAUUGACCCAAUCCCCGGAGCAGCCACAGCCGCAAAAUGCAAUAGCCAAAUAAUCUAGCGUAAAAUGUUUUCCAUGUAAUAUGCAUUUAAUAUAAGUACAACAAAAAACAAAAAAUAUCACACUAAAUCGCCACAAAAUGCUUAAUAAAUUCUUAUAGCUAAAUGAAAAA